AUGAAGCUGGUUGGUGGUGAAUUUGAUCUAGAGAUGAACUUUAUAAUCCAGGAUGCAGAGAGCAUUACGUGCAUGUCAGAGCUUUUGGAGCACUGUGAUGUAACGUGCCAAGCAGAAAUCUGGAGUAUGUUCACAGCGAUUCUUCGUAAAAGUGUCCGUAAUUUACAGACUAGCACGGAAGUUGGCUUAAUUGAACAGGUACUGCUGAAGAUGAGUACUGUGGACGACAUGAUUGCAGAUCUUCUAGUUGAUAUGUUGGGGGUUCUUGCCAGCUACAGCAUCACUGUCAAAGAGUUGAAGCUUUUGUUCAGCAUGCUUCGAGGCGAAAAUGGAAUCUGGCCAAGACAUGCAGUUAAACUAUUAUCAGUCCUUAAUCAGAUGCCACAGAGACAUGGGCCUGAUACCUUUUUCAACUUCCCAGGCUGUAGUGCUGCAGCAAUUGCAUUGCCUCCUAUUGCUAAGUGGCCUUAUCAAAAUGGGUUUACCCUUAACACCUGGUUUCGUAUGGAUCCACUAAACAAUAUCAACGUAGAUAAGGAUAAACCCUAUCUCUAUUGUUUCCGCACUAGCAAAGGUGUUGGGUAUUCUGCUCAUUUUGUUGGCAACUGCUUAAUCGUUACAUCAUUGAAGUCAAAAGGCAAAGGUUUCCAGCACUGUGUGAAAUAUGAUUUUCAGCCUCGCAAGUGGUACAUGAUAAGCAUUGUACACAUCUAUAAUCGAUGGAGAAACAGUGAAAUACGAUGUUACGUGAAUGGUCAGCUGGUAUCCUAUGGUGACAUGGCCUGGCAUGUUAACACGAAUGAUAGCUAUGAUAAGUGUUUUCUUGGCUCUUCGGAGACUGCUGAUGCUAAUAGAGUGUUCUGUGGCCAGCUUGGAGCAGUAUAUGUGUUCACUGAAGCACUCAACCCAGCACAGAUUUUUGCAAUACAUCAGUUAGGACCUGGAUAUAAGAGCACGUUCAAAUUUAAAUCUGAGAGUGACAUUCAUCUGGCUGAGCACCAUAAACAAGUGCUCUAUGAUGGGAAACUUGCAAGUAGCAUUGCUUUUACUUAUAAUGCGAAGGCUACUGAUGCUCAGCUAUGCCUUGAAUCCUCACCAAAGGAAAAUCCUUCAAUUUUUGUACACUCCCCCCAUGCUCUUAUGCUUCAGGACGUGAAAGCUAUCGUAACCCACUCCAUUCACAGCGCAAUUCAUUCCAUAGGAGGGAUCCAAGUUCUUUUUCCUCUCUUUGCCCAGUUAGACAACCGACAGCUGCAUGACAGUCAAGUGGAAACAACAGUUUGUGCUACCUUAUUGGCUUUCUUGGUGGAGCUUCUUAAGAGUUCAGUAGCCAUGCAAGAACAAAUGCUUGGUGGAAAAGGCUUUCUAGUCAUUGGCUACCUCCUUGAAAAGUCAUCUAGAGUUCAUAUAACCAGAGCAGUUCUGGAACAAUUUUUAUCAUUUGCGAAAUAUUUGGAUGGAUUGUCUCACGGGGCACCUCUACUGAAGCAAUUAUGUGAUCACAUCCUUUUUAAUCCUGCUAUCUGGAUACAUACCCCUGCAAAGGUGCAACUGUCUUUAUACACCUACUUGUCAGCUGAAUUCAUUGGAACUGCUACGAUCUAUAACACUAUACGCAGAGUAGGGACAGUGCUGCAGUUAAUGCACACACUGAAAUACUACUACUGGGUGGUUAAUCCUGCUGAUAGCAGUGGCAUUACUCCUAAAGGAUUAGAUGGUCCUCGGCCCUCACAGAAAGAAAUUAUAUCACUAAGGGCAUUUAUGCUGCUGUUUUUGAAACAACUUAUAUUGAAGGAUCGAGGAGUGAAAGAAGAUGAACUGCAAAGUAUAUUAAAUUACUUAUUAACAAUGCAUGAGGAUGAAAAUAUUCAUGAUGUGCUGCAGCUGCUAGUGGCACUAAUGUCCGAACAUCCAGCAUCCAUGAUACCUGCCUUUGAUCAGAGAAAUGGGAUACGAGUAAUUUAUAAAUUAUUGGCUUCCAAAAGUGAAAGUAUAUGGGUGCAAGCUUUGAAGGUCCUUGGAUAUUUUCUUAAACACUUGGGUCAUAAGCGAAAGGUUGAAAUCAUGCAUACUCACAGUCUUUUCACUCUUCUUGGAGAAAGGUUAAUGCUGCACACAAAUACGGUCACCGUUACAACGUAUAACACGCUUUAUGAGAUUUUGACUGAACAAGUAUGCACUCAAGUUGUUCAUAAACCACAUCCAGAGCCAGAUUCUACAGUGAAAAUUCAGAAUCCAAUGAUUCUUAAGGUGGUGGCAACGCUGUUAAAAAACUCCACACCAAGUGCAGAGCUGAUGGAAGUUCGACGUUUGUUCUUAUCUGAUAUGAUAAAACUCUUUAGUAAUAGCCGUGAAAACAGAAGAUGUUUACUUCAGUGUUCAGUGUGGCAGGACUGGAUGUUUUCUCUGGGAUACAUCAACCCUAAGAACUCUGAAGAGCAGAAGAUCACUGAGAUGGUUUACAACAUUUUCCGUAUUCUCUUGUAUCAUGCAAUAAAAUAUGAAUGGGGAGGCUGGAGAGUGUGGGUGGAUACUCUUUCUAUAGCUCAUUCCAAGGUCACAUAUGAGGCUCACAAGGAGUACCUAGCAAAAAUGUAUGAAGAGUAUCAAAGGCAGGAGGAAGAAAACAUAAAAAAGGGCAAGAAGGGGAACGUGAGCACUAUCUCAGGUCUUUCCUCUCAGACAACAGGAGCAAAAGGUGGAAUGGAAAUUCGAGAGAUAGAAGACCUUUCGCAAAGUCAAAGUCCAGAAAGUGAAACGGAUUACCCUGUCAGUACAGAUACGAGGGACUUGCUUAUGGCUACAAAGGUGUCAGAUGAUGUGCUUGGAAGUGCUGAGAGACCAGGAGGAGGAGUGCAUGUAGAAGUUCAUGACCUUUUGGUUGAUAUAAAAGCUGAAAAGGUAGAAGCUACAGAAGUAAAACUUGAUGAUAUGGAUUUAUCACCAGAGACACUGGUAACUGGAGAAAAUGGUGCACUUGUAGAAGUCGAAUCCCUUCUAGAUAAUGUAUAUAGCGCUGCUGUUGAGAAGCUCCAAAACAAUGUUCAUGGAAGUGUGGGUAUUAUUAAGAAGAACGAGGAAAAAGAUAAUGGUCCAUUAAUAACUCUGGCUGAUGAGAAAGAUGAACCUUCUACUAACAGUACCUCAUUUCUCUUUGAUAAAAUACCUAGUCAAGAGGAGAAACUUCUACCUGAACUUUCAAGUAAUCACAUUUCUAUUGCAAAUGUGCAAGAAACACAGAUGCAUCUUGGUGUAAAUGAUGAUUUGGGAUUGCUUGCACAUAUGACAGGUAGUGUAGAUAUUACGUGUGCUUCAAGUAUAAUAGAGGACAAGGAAUUCAAGAUUCACACAACUUCAGAUGGAAUGAGUAGCAUUUCUGAGAGGGAGUUGGCUUCAUCAUCUAAAGGAUUAGAAUAUGCUGAAAUGACUGCCACAACUCUUGAGACAGAGUCUUCUGGUACCAAAACUGUACCUAGUGUUGAUGCAGGAAGUAUAAUAUCAGAUACAGAAAGAUCUGAUGAUGGUAAGGAAGCAGGAAAGGAGAUACGGAAGAUCCAGACAACUACGACAACCCAGGCAGUACAGGGUAGAUCUGUCACCCAGCAAGACCGGGAUUUACGUGUUGAUUUUUUUUGAAUGCCGAUGACGGAAGAGCAGCGACGACAGUUUAGUCCAGGUCCACGCACAACUAUGUUUCGUAUUCCAGAGUUUAAAUGGUCUCCCAUGCACCAGCGGCUCCUGACAGACUUGCUUUUUGCACUAGAAACUGAUGUACAUGUUUGGAGAAGUCACUCCACAAAGUCUGUGAUGGACUUUGUCAAUAGCAAUGAAAAUAUUAUUUUUGUACACAACACAAUACAUCUCAUUUCCCAGAUGGUAGACAAUAUUAUUAUUGCUUGUGGAGGAAUUUUACCAUUGCUGUCAGCAGCCACAUCCCCAACUGGUUCUAAGACUGAAUUGGAAAAUAUUGAAGUGACACAAGGAAUGUCAGCAGAGACAGCGGUAACUUUUCUCAGCCGUCUGAUGGCAAUGGUCGAUGUAUUAGUAUUUGCCAGCUCUCUAAAUUUUAGUGAGAUUGAAGCUGAAAAAAACAUGUCUUCUGGAGGUCUAAUGCGACAGUGCCUAAGGCUUGUUUGUUGUGUGGCUGUGAGAAACUGCCUAGAAUGUCGGCAAAGGCAGAGAGAGAGAGUGAACAAGACAUCGUUAAUCAGCAGUAAAACUCAAGAUGUUCUUCAGGGUGUAACUGCAGCAGCAGCAACCAAGGCUCCCCUUGAAAAUGUCCCUGGCAAUCUUUCUCCUAUAAAAGAUCCUGAUAGGCUUCUCCAGGAUGUUGAUAUUAAUCGUCUACGAGCAGUUGUUUUUCGUGAUGUGGACGACAGCAAACAGGCACAAUUCUUAGCUUUGGCGGUAGUCUACUUUAUUUCUGUUCUGAUGGUCUCCAAGUACCGUGAUAUACUAGAACCACAACGAGAAACUGCAAGGUCUGGGAGCCAGGCAGGUAGAAAUAUCAGACAAGAAAUAAAUUCACCAACAAGUACAGUUGUGGUCAUACCAUCUAUCCCUCACCCAAGUUUGAACCAUGGAUUCCUUGCCAAGUUAAUUCCUGAGCAGAGCUUUGCCCACUCAUUUUACAAAGACACACCAACUGUAUUUCCAGAAAAUAUCAAAGAUAAAGAAACACCCACACCAGUUGAAGAUAUUCAGCUGGAAAGCUCUAUUCCUCAUACAGAUUCUGGAAUUGGAGAUGAACAGAUGCCCAGUAUUUUGAAUGGGACAGACUUGGAGACCAGCACUGGCCCUGAUGCUAUGAGUGAGCUGUUGUCUACUUUGUCUUCGGAAGUGAAGAAAUCUCAGGAGAGCUUAACAGAAAGCCCCAGUGAAAUCUUGAAACCUGCAUCAUCGAUAUCCAGUAUCAGCCAAAGUAAAGGCAUCAAUGUCAAGGAAAUACUGAAAAGUCUUGUGGCAGCCCCUGUUGAAAUUGCAGAAUGUGGUCCGGAUCCAAUUCCUUACCCAGAUCCUGCACUGAAGAGAGAAGCUCAAGCAAUUCUUCCCAUGCAGUUUCACUCAUUUGACAGGAGCGUGGUUGUACCAGUAAAGAAACCUCCUCCGGGAAGUCUGGCCGUUACCACAGUUGGAGCUGCCACAGCUGGGAGCGGACUGCCACCGGGUAGUACACCUAAUAUAUUUGCUGCAACAGGAGCUACACCAAAAAGUAUGAUUAAUACAACAGGUGCAGUAGACUCAGGAUCUUCUUCUUCCUCUUCGUCAUCCAGCUUUGUGAAUGGUGCUACCAGCAAAAAUCUCCCAGCUGUCCAAACUGUUGCUCCAAUGCCAGAGGAUUCAGCUGAAAACAUGAG